AUGAGUUUCGCCAUCCGCCCCUGCGCCCCCAAGGACCUGAAGGACAUCAUGCGGCUCGUGAAGGAGAUUGUGGGCUUUUACGACGCCACUUUGGGCUCGCUCAGGACCAACGUCGAAGAGCUGAAGAAGGCUGGUUUUGGGGAACAGGCCCGGUACAAGUGCUUUGUGGCUGAAGUCCCCUUCGAGGAGAAAAGCAAGGAAGGCCACACCCUUAUUGGGUACACCCUCUUCUCGUACACCUAUAACACCUGGAGAGGGAAGAACAUCUAUUUGGACAAUCUGUACGUCAUGCCGGAAUUUAGAGGGAGGCAGAUCGGGAAGGCGCUGUUGGAGCAGGUGGCUGAGGCUGCUUGGCGCCAAGGGCUCAGCCAACUCCAAAUGCACAUUUCCUCACAGAAGGCGGAUAACCUGAGCUUCAUCAAGAAGCGGGGAGGUGAAAACCUGACCGAGAAGGAUGGCUUGCACCUCCUGUGUUUCCCCAACGAGGCGCUGAAGAGGCUGGCAGCUGAGAGCAGAUUCUAG